CACUAAAGUAUCUUCUUUAAAACAAGAACAAAGUUAGGCUUCCCUACCAAAAUAAAGCCAGAGUUAUAUUAAUUUGAAGGUGUACAUCACUUUUUCAUCAACUCCCCCCCACUCAAAAAGGGCUGCACCAGUUAAAGGGUUAAACAAGUUAUACCAACUCAUCACAAGUCAAAACAUUAAAAUGAUUGAAUUGACUUGCAUAAUGAAGUUGUUUAAACUUCAUGCUGUGUUUUUUUUACAGUGAAAAAAGUUUUUUAUAAGUAGAAAAUAAAAUUCAAAGACAUUCAAAUCUCAUGACCACGUUUAUCAGGGUGCAGAUCCCACAGCAUCUCGUUGGUUUGGCAGCUUGAUUCAAUUGAAAUGAUCCCAGAACAGGGACUAGAAAUCAGAAUGCACGCCAGUCAGAAUCAAUGCUGUAUUUUGGGGAGGAUAAGAAGAACAUGUUCAUGCCAUAUGUACAGUGUGUACACAGUAAGUCGAUAAGCCUUACAGUCUGAAUCAAGAGUACAGCAUGGAAAUGCAUGCACAUACCUGGAAUAAUUUACUGCUAAUCUGGCAAACAAAAGUGGUCUUGUUCAAGUGUUGGGGGAUUUAGAUUUUUUGUUUUGUUUUAGGAGGAGUCAACUUAUGUCAGAGUUGUAUAACAUAGCAAAACUGGAUUGCAGUGUAUAUAUAUAAUGUUGUCUCCUUCAGGGCCUGAGUUAACUGAGAACUGAUGUCGUCGUCUUGUCACUUUUGUCAUGUGAACGUCCCGGUCACAUAAACCUGAAAAAUGUACAAUUCACAUCUGUUAUACUUUUACGAAUUCUCCCAUAAUCCCCUGUGUUUUCUUUUUCUUUAUGAACAUUUUAAAUACAAUUUCCUGAAGAAUGAGAAUGAGUAGAUAUUUAAUCUAUGGGGACAGAGGAAGUUUUAUUGUUUCCUUGAUAGACCUUGAAUCAAGCAAAUUAAUUCUUGUUCUGCGUUCCUUAUAAAUAGAAAGUAAUGCCACAUAUGUGGGUUCAACUCCUAAAGCAAAUGUUGCUCUACUGUAGUCACAUGCAAUCACAUCUAAUUUUACAGAUCCUCACAGUGUCGUGCAGUUGGACGGGCACAUCAUGGCUUUAAUCUUUUGUGAUCUGUUAUGACUGAGAAAAGUCUGACCUUUGACACAGGUAACUGCAGACUGGAUGAUAUGGUGUCUGUUCAGUGUGUCUCCUCCAAAAUGAUUAACAUCUGUCUUGUGUCAGAAUCGACUCAUAUACGUGUAACAGGCCUGCUUUCUCCGCCAUUAAUCAUCCGGUCGAGAACAGGGCUUAUCGGCCGGACUUUUGAGACUCUCUGCAUAUUUUGUGUAAGAACACAUCUGACCUCGUGCCAAGGACACUUUGAUUAAUUGUCUGAUUGGCGUAAAGUUAUUUCCCUCAACACCUAUAAAAUCCUUGCUCUUGAAGGUCACUGCUCAUAACCUGUGAGGAUUCUGUAACAGGCUUGUGUGCAUAAACAUUUAUGUAUGCAUAUGUAUGUGCUCAUUCGUACACUUUGCCAGUACCUACCUAGGUAAUCUUUAACUAUAAAGUUUUUCAUUAGGCCUGCUGCGUUUUAUCCCUUCACCUUGAAUAGAGGUGGAAUGUGGCAAGAACAAGCCACAAGGGUGGUCAGUGUUUGUGAUUUCAUUUUAGGCUGAUUACUACGGUAAAAACGUCAGGACCCAUGGCUCCCUUCAGCUCAGUUGUAAGGGAAAAGAUCUUCACUUUGGUCAUGAAGGGCUUGGCUUUGUGGGCUGUGGUGGAAUGCGCCUGCAGGGUUUCUGGCAUCUCGACUUCUGCAGUACUUUGUGCAGUGGGCAUAGAGACACUGAAACAGGGGGAGUUUCACAGCUUAGCCAUCUAUCUCCUGUUUUCUUCAGUGGCGAUUAUGUUUUUUGAAGUUGCAUAUUUUAUUGAUGCUCUGGUGGCAAUGUGCUUCACUUGUCCGCCUACAUGGAAGUUCUUCAUUAUUUGGAAGAAGAUCGCCAAAGUUGGGGGCUUCCAAAAGUUUCUAUACUACACAAUGAUGUCUUUAAUGUGUUUCCUGCAUCCAGUGCUUGCAUGGCAUGCUGUAAUACCAGGAGUUAUGCUGCUAGUGACUGGAUUCCUUAACUUCAUAUUGAGCAAAAAGAAAAAAUCAGAACCUCCUAAAGAUUCCAGUGUAUAUAAUGACCCAAGUCAAUCUUCUGUCUGUAUCACAGACACGGGACACACUGAACAGACAUUUUCUUUCAUCCACACAACCUCUGGCAAAAGAGGAUCUGCUUUUCAUGGCAUCACAGACAACAGUCAGUCAAUGCUUGGAGAGCAUGAGUCAGUCAAGAACGCCAACUGCAAGAAAACAAACACAUGCAUUAGAAAUGUGCACUUCGUAGAUAGUGUCAUCCUGGAGGAUUCGGAGAUUGUUGAAUACAGUGAGGUGGAACCAGAAGAGAGUACGUCAGAUAAAGUACCAAUAAUUAGUUCAAUGUGAGGUCCUAAAUGUGAUUAUUUUAAAUCAUUGUAGGAUGUCCAUUUAUAAGUAAGAGACCUGCAGUUCUGCAUAUUUUUUCUUUCAUUUGUUAAAAUGAUUACUGUUGUUUUUAAUAACAAUAAUAAUAAUGUUAUUUUUAUUAUAAAAUUACAAAUAUUUACAGUAUGUUAUUCAAUUUCAGUAUCUCAUUUAGUUAUACAGUAUACAAUAAGGAAUUGCUUGUUUUGUGCUUUGUUAAAUGUUUUAUACAUUAUAUUGAUUUGCUUUAAAAUGUUUAAUAUAUUCAAAUGUAUUUAAGUAAAAUAAUAAACAAUGUAUCAGCAAAAAUAAUCUCCAGUGACAGAAAAUGAAUGGCAGAUUGAAAGUAAAACCACAAUAUUGUACAUAUUUUCUACUACAAACAGUCACACAUCUGUCUUCUGGGCUCCGUUCAAAUUUCAACCAAAGGUUUUAUUAGAUUGCAUCUCUGCAAGGUCACCAUAGUGAUCCUCCACCAGAUAUUCCCUUGGCAGGACAGGCAUUAAGGAGAGACUCCGAUCCCAAAGGGUCUCCAGAGGGUAGCCUUUAACAGAAAUAGUUUUUGGACAUAUGGAAAAAUUAAACCUGAGACGGAUAAAAAAAGCAUGCUUGCAAUUUUGCAAUCAAAUUUUUUUUUUACCAAGAAUGAUCACUUAAAACAAAAUUGAAGUUUUAUCUGAUAAGAGUUGCUUUUGUGGUUAUAGUAACUGUAGCAGUGUGUAACCUGGAUCAGUCUGGAUCUUCAGCGUCCAUGCUUAAUAAAUCAGUCCAGUUAAGAGUCUCCCUUUCAACAUACUGACCCAGACAAGAAGGCUUUUAGUCUAAAGACUGCCGCAAUCCCCCAGGCCUUAUUUCUGCAUGAAUGACUCCAGCAUCCUGAAUAUUAGUGGAAUAUAUGAUGUGCUGCAUUUAUACGUUUAUUAGAUAUUUGUAUUACACAGAAAAUAAAUU